AUGAACGCGCGCAAGUCGGCGAAGAACAUCCCGCACGCGAUUGGGCGACAGCUCAAGUCGGGCGCGUUCCUCAAGAACCCGCCUGCCUCUUUCUACCCGAUCCUCGCACACCCUCCACCACCCUCUCUCGUCCGGACCUUCCCCGAGCGCCCCGAAGCCGACCUUCCCCUCCGAGCGCGGAAGUCGCAGCAGGGUGCGGACAACCGGUCGAUGUACCAGACGGCCAAGCAGAAGCAGGAGCGGGGGAUCAAGCUCACGGCGCACGAGGAGGAGGCUCUGAGGGACCCGCUCGGAGCAGGAGCCGUUCGCGAUGUCACGCGGAAGGCGCCGCCUACUGCCUGGGGGAUGGGCAAGGUCAGGCCUCGGGAGAUCGUCUUUCCCGAAGACAAGAUUCGCCGCCUCUUCUUCCUCGACCACCCGUACGAAGCGUACCGGCCGACCACGCUUGUCGAGAACGAGCGCAUCACCGAGCCCGAAUACCCGCAGGGCAAGGAGUGGACUGAGCUGCGACAACGGUCGACGUUCCCUACGCCUGAAGACUGCAUCUCCUUCAUCAGCAACCUGAUUGAGCACCACAACAUGCCACUGUCGAAGGCAUACCCGCACGGCGUCGCCCAGUUCCGCACACUCCGCGCCGAGCAGGAAACCGCGAACCGAUCUGCCCGCCUCGAAGCGCAAGCGCACGGCGCUACCUUCUUCGGCGAGGUCGAGAAGCAGAUCCGCAUACAGGAGAAGGUCCUCGACGAGUGGAAGGACGCUCGGCUCAUUCAGGACGCGUUCACCGCGCUCACUGGAACUGGCUCGACGAGGCAGAACGUCCAGGCGGCGCUCAAGGCGGCGAGCCAGGCUGCCAGGCCGGUGCAGCAGGCUCAGGAGUCGAAGUGGGGCGAUGUUCCGACUCGCCCGGCGCUCGAAGGAGGCGAGCCCGUCACGGCUGGCUUCACGGGAGGCGUCGAGCUUUUGCGCAGGUUUGCUGAGGCGGGCGCGGUCCCUGCAGCGGCGACCCAGUCUGUUUAG